AUGGCGUCGGCUUCCCUUCUCAAGUCCUCCCCCGUCCUGGACAAGUCCGACUGGGUCAAGGGCCAGUCCCUUCGCCACCCUCUCGCCGCCUCCGUCUCCGUCCGCUCCCACGCCGCCGCGCCCCUCUCUGUCCGCGCUGCCACCUCCUACGCCGACGAGCUCGUCAAGACCGCGGUACUGAAACCCUCCACCUCUCUCUCUCUCUCUCUCUAUAUAUAUAUAUAUAGAUAUAUAUAUAUAUAUAUAUAACUGUCUAUCUAUGUCACCGGCGAUGUGGGUACUGAGAGUGUGUGUGAUGGGAUGGUGACGGUAGAAAACGGUGGCGUCGCCGGGGAGGGGGAUUCUGGCGAUGGACGAGUCCAACGCGACCUGCGGGAAGAGGCUGGCCUCAAUCGGGCUGGAGAACACGGAGGCCAACCGCCAGGCCUACCGGACCCUCCUGGUCUCCGCCCCCGGCCUCGGCAACUACGUCUCCGGCGCCAUCCUCUUCGAGGAGACCCUCUACCAGAGCACCACCGAGGGAGAGAAGAUGGUCGACGUCCUCGUCAAGCAGAACAUCGUCCCCGGCAUCAAGGUCGACAAGGUGAGUCCUCCUCCUCCUCCUCCUCCUCCUCCUCCUCCUCCGCAGUGACCUUCUUCUCAGCUUCCUCUGAUCACCAUCUGCUUGUUAUAUAUCUCCUCCUCGGCAGGGUCUUGUCCCUCUCACCGGCUCCAACGAUGAGUCCUGGUGCCAGGGCCUCGACGGCCUCGCCUCCCGAUCCGCCGCCUACUACCAGCAGGGCGCUCGCUUCGCCAAAUGGUGCAUGCCCUCGAACAAACACAUCUCCCUCUCUCUCUCUCUCUCUCUAUCUCACUCUCGCUCUCUCUUGGUGUGCUGACGCUGGCUUUGUUUUGUGGUGAUGGGUUGGACAGGCGCACUGUGGUGAGCAUCCCUAACGGGCCGUCGGCGCUGGCGGUGAAGGAGGCCGCGUGGGGGCUCGCUCGCUACGCUUCCAUCUCGCAGGACAACGGGCUGGUGCCGAUCGUGGAGCCGGAGAUCCUGCUCGACGGCGAGCACGGCAUCGACAGGACCUUCGAGGUCGCCCAGCAGGUCUGGGCCGAGGUCUUCUUCUACCUCGCCCAGAACAACGUGCUCUUCGAGGGCAUCCUCCUCAAGCCCAGCAUGGUCACCCCCGGUGCUGAGUGCAAGGAACGCGCCACCCCCGAGAAGGUCGCCGAGUACACCCUCAACCUCCUCCGCCGCCGCAUUCCCCCCGCCGUCCCCGGGAUCAUGGUAAACACAAACUCCUCUCAUCUUCUCCUCCGGCGCCGGCAACUGUAGCUUUCUCGCUAAUUCACUCACCCGCGGCGGCGGCGUGGUGUUUCUCGCAGUUCCUCUCCGGCGGGCAGUCAGAGGUGGAGGCGACCCUGAACCUGAACGCCAUGAACCAGAGCGCCAACCCGUGGCACGUCUCCUUCUCCUACGCGAGGGCCCUGCAGAACACCUGCCUCAAGACCUGGGGCGGCCGACCGGAGAACGUGAAGGCGGCGCAGGACGCGCUGCUGCUCCGCGCCAGGGCCAACUCCCUCGCCCAGCUCGGCAAGUACACCGGCGAGGGCGAGUCCGAGGAGUCCAAGGAGGGCAUGUACGUCAAGAACUACAGCUACUAG